CCACACCUUUCCGGUGUAGCAGCACUCCGACCAGCUCGGCUUAAAGGAGAAAGACGAGAGCUGGGUGUAUUUAUCCAAAGAGGAGGGGAGAGAUAGGAGGGGGACGAGAAGUGGAGUUUCGUGAGUGAAUACAAGUGUUGCUGAAUCGCGGAGGAUUUUCCCCCCAGAAGACGUCCCCCCAGCGAGGUGAAGGUAACCGGCACGAAGCUUUGAUGGACUAGCUGCAGAAAGCUGCUUUUCUCCCCCGGUAGUGCUGAAGAGAAGAAGGGCGCACCCGGCUAGGAGGACCGCCAGACACAAACACCAGAGGGACCUUACAUGUCCCGCGGCUUUCUUUUGGGCCUUAUAUACACGCCGUAUCUGCCCUGAACGAAUUUUAUAAGCCACGGUCUGUUUUGUUGAUGCAGUUUUAUGUUGAUUUGGGCUACACAAUGAACGUCCUGCAACAGCUGCUGCCAAGUUUUUAGACUAACCGUGCCAUGGUGUGUAUAGGCCCUGUAAGCAUAGUGGUACUCUGAACAUAAAUGUCCCUGCAUCUCACAGGAUCCUGACGCACAGACUCGCAAGUAAAAAAAAGUCCAUCAAGUACUGUUUCCUAGACUUAAAAUGAGCGUGUAUUUUUGACUUUUUUCCCCCCACACACAUAUGCUCUUCGUUGAGUCAUGUUUUCACAAGUAAGCUCAUAAUCAAACUGAAGAUAUAAUCCAAGUGAAAAUAAUAAUCGGUGUGCUAGUUGCUGUUUCUCUCUUUACGAACCGAGUAUUUAUGCACAAGAGUUCAACAUGGGGAAAAUGCUCUCAAAGAUAUUUGGAAACAAGGAGAUGAGAAUAUUAAUGCUUGGACUUGACGCUGCUGGAAAGACAACAAUCCUUUACAAACUGAAACUCGGGCAGUCAGUAACCACAAUCCCCACAGUCGGCUUCAAUGUGGAGACUGUCACCUACAAAAACGUCAAGUUCAACGUGUGGGAUGUUGGAGGCCAAGAUAAGAUUCGUCCCCUGUGGCGACACUACUACACAGGCACCCAAGGGUUAAUUUUCGUGGUGGAUUGCGCGGACAGGGAUCGCAUCGACGAGGCAAGGCAGGAACUUCACCGCAUCAUUAAUGACCGAGAGAUGAGGGAUGCCAUCAUCUUGAUAUUCGCCAAUAAGCAAGACCUUCCGGAUGCCAUGAAGCCACAUGAAAUCCAAGAGAAGCUCGGAUUGACCCGCAUCAGAGAUAGGAAUUGGUAUGUUCAGCCCUCCUGUGCGACCACAGGUGAUGGACUGUAUGAGGGCUUGACAUGGCUAACCUCAAAUUACAAAUCUUAAUGAUUGAGUGCUGACUGUUUUAGGUCAAAACUAUAAUAAAGUUGCAAAUAACAAAUAACUUCUCAAAUGAGUAUGGUUAAGAAAAAGUUUAUUAUCCCCCAUUUAUUUUUAAUACUGCGUUUACCCCAUGACUAAUUUAUCUUAAAAUGGGUUUGCUGGCUUAAAGUUUGCUUGUACUGUGUAGCAGGCCUAUAUCACAUUCAUUUUUAGGGGAGCUUGCUUGAUGAAUAUUGAAUGAAUUGGUCCUAUUGUUAAAGCCACAGAGAUCACCGCUUUUGCCUGUUGUUUUUCCUGUUUUAUAUAAUUUUUCUAAUGAAGCUGGAGUUUUUAUCUUCAUUAUUGGACUAAAGAUGGUUUCAAGGGUCUUCAAUCUUUGUUGCAUUGAACUUGGAUCUUUUGGUUUUUUCUUUCUCGUUAUUUUCUUUUAAAGGUGAGAUCUUUAAUGUCAAGCAACCUACUUUGAAGGACUUUGACAUUUGUUUUAACACAGUACUGUGAUGAAAAGUGUUUCUUCUGAAUGGUAUUGACUGCUGCAAGGGGGG